AUUUUUUUACCUUUAGUCGACGUAAGGAAGGGGGCGUGUCGUACAGUGCCGUGACCCCACGCUGGUGGGUGAUGUAGACAGCUUUUCCAGGAAAAUAAACACACAGUCGCUCCAAGAUGGCUCCUCAGUCCGCUUUCCGAGUGGCGCUCCUGGUGUCCUUCUCGGUUCUCCUCACCGUGGUGCUGGGCUUCGGGCUCCCCGCUCUCCUCAACGCCAUCAUGAGGUUGCUGGGACUGCCGGAAACGAGCGUGACCGAGUGCAUCGUCGUGAUCUACGCGGCUUUUGUGCUGUAUGUCGCGACGCCUCGAUUCCCCAGGGGAUCGGUUGAGGUUAAAGGGAAAGCCGUGCUUAUUACGGGUUGUGACACUGGGUUCGGUCUUUCACUUGCGAAACAUCUGCACACGCUCGGCUACACGGUCUUUGCUGGGUGUCUGCUGAAGGACAAAGAGGGAGAGGGUGCCAAGGAGCUUGAGGAAUUUCAUUCAGAUCGCAUGAAGGUGGUGCAGCUUGACGUCUGCAGUGAUGAGCAGGUGAAAAACGCCGUCGAAUACAUCAAAGGGAAUCUGGAAGACUCACAAAGAGGUCUGUGGGCCGUGGUGAACAACGCCGGGGUGUCGACCUUCGGAGAGGUGGAGUUCACCUCCAUGGACACCUACAGGCAGGUGUCGGAGGUCAACCUAUGGGGCACCAUCAGGGUCACCAAAGCUGUACUGCCAUUAAUCCGCAGGGCGAAAGGCCGCGUUGUGAACAUCGCCAGCAUGUACGGCAGGAUGGGCAACCGGCUGCGAUCUCCUUACUGCGUGUCGAAAUACGGCGUGGAGGUCUUCUCCGACUGUCUGCGCUACGAGAUGAAGACCUGGGGAGUGAAAGUGUCCAUCAUCGAGCCGGGGAACUACAUCGUGGCCACCGGCAUCCUCACCCGAGACAUCGUGGCCACCACAGCCAACAAGCUGUGGGACGAGGCCCCCGCCGAGGUGAAGGAGGACUACGGGAAAAGCCACUUUGAGCAGUACAUGGCGCUAAUGCGCUCUUACUGCAACAGCGGCGAGAAGGACAUGACUCCGGUUCUGGAUGACAUCGCAGACGCCAUCGGGUCCAAGCGUCCGUACACGCGGUACAGCCCCAUGGAGCCGCACUGGUGGAUCAGGAUGCAGGUGAUGACCCACCUGCCUGGCGCCUUGUCCGACUUGCUCUACUUCUAAAAGUGAAGUUUUGGCUUCCUCUCUGUCUCCUAUUUCACAAUAGAUCAGUCGGAGUUCACCUGAUGUAGGGUUUCUGAUUCUUCAGCACCUGGAAUCAUUCACAUGAUUAAGCCUUAAUACUUUUUAAUGUUUUAAACUGUAAGUAAAUAGCUGCAGUUUUUUUUUUUAUAUGUCUGCCUUAGACUAUGUAUUCAGAUCUAUUCUCUAAGUUUCCAUUCUUUU